AUGCCGGCUAGCUUCCUCGGUCUUCCUGCGGAACUCCGCAACGAGAUAUACAUGUAUCUCCUAGUACGCACAGAGCCUAUUGAUCCCUGGAGUUCAGAUAAUAGUCUAGUACCCAAUAUCCUCUACACGAACACGAAAAUCCUACACGAAGCCAGGUCACUACUUUAUGGUGAUAACUGCUUUGAUUUCAGUGGGUCGACACCCAAACUUAUAACUCAGUUUCUUGAUGAGAUUGGCUUUGCCAACGCAUCUCAUAUUCGGUGUAUCCGCAUCGACUUCCCCGGACUUCGUGGUCUUAAUGAAAAGCCCAGCCUGGAAGUAGACAGCCUUGAUAUACCGGAAAAGACCCAGUGCCACUGCACCAAUCUCAACAAGUUUAUCAUAGCCCCAGAGAGCACAGAUACCAUGGAACGUCACUUCGGUUCACUUGAAAGUCCUAACAUCUGUGCUAAUGCCUUGGCGCUGGUCGAUGCUCGUUUCAGAGAGAUUUCGUCUCUCCAGGACAUCGUCGUCGAGGUUUAUGGGAAAGUAUCAAGCUCAGACAUGAGAAAGAAGAUGAAGAGCCAUGGAUGGAUACUCAAUGUGGUAGAGGAGGAGGAUGGUUUUGAAAACGACGAGUAUCUUUGCCAAUACGACAGUGAUUAUCUUUGCCAAUAUGACAGUGAUUAUUACUAG